GAAGCACUUAAGGCAGCGUGGUCCGGCAAGAGGGAUCGUUUCACGGUCAUCCUUAUCAGGGCUGGCGUGUACGAGGAGCAGCCAGUGAUGCCGACUUCGCUACACCACGUGGCGCUGGUGGGCGAGAUGGCCGGCAGCGGUGCGAAGGUGACGUCGUCGAAUGCGGCGGGCGACUCAAGUCUGGACGAGUGCGCGACAUUCCAGCUGCUGGCGUCGGACGUGGUCGUCUCCAACAUCAUCUUCGAAAACGCGCACGGACCGGGCAAGCAGGGCGGGGACGAGGACCAAGCCUUGGCAAUCAAGGUGGCCGGCACGCGCGUCGCCUUCUACGGAUGCACGUUUCUCGGGUAUCAGGACACCCUUUACGCGGCGUCUGGCUUGCAAUAUUACAAGGGUUGCAGUAAGUACAUUCGGUUUCUGGACAUGUAUCGGACGUCUUCCAUAGAUCAUCAUUGUUUGUGUGACCUAACCGUCGUGUCUCCCGCCUGCGCGCGCGCAGACAUCCACGGGCGCAUGGACUUCGUGUUCGGCAACGCCAAGGCCGUCUUUGAGGACUGCAACUUCCGCCUCGUCUACUGGGGCGGCGCGUACUUCGCGCAAGCACGCGGGAAGGAGCAGAACACGGGUUUCGUAAUCAAGGGUGGCUCUCUCCGGCCGUACGGCAAAGGCCCCAUCAAGCCUGGCUAUCUCGCGCGUUCGUGGGGCGAUUAUUCGACCGUCAUCUUCAUCAACACCUAUUUCGCCGAGGCGUCCGUUCGGGCGGAAGGUUGGAGUUACGUUAGUGGUUACAAGGACAUGGACACGGUUACAUUCGGCGCAUACGGCUGCUCUGGUCCAGGCUACAAUGCAAGUGCGUGGGAGAUCGGGACGGAAAUGAGUGCGGAGGAGGUGAAGCCGUACUUGAGCAACGACUACAUCAACAAAAUGAACUGGAUCGCGGACCCUGCAGCCGUAACCCGCGGCGUUGCGGGACCUGCGUCUUCAGCCAAGAAAGGCAACAGGAAGAACAAGGAAGUUGCAGGCAAUGUGACACCGGCUCAGACCUCGAGUGGUACCCAGAAGAAGCCUGCGAAGAAACCAGGAGCGGAUUCGGCUGGAAACGCGGACAGUGGCAAGCCAAGCACGAGCGGCGGUGCUGGACCUAGAAGCAGCAACAGCGGAAAGAGCAACAGCAGUGGAAAAGGGAAAGGGGGCCAAACGGGACUAGGUGAGUCUCCUCCUGCUCCCAGUGGCAGCAGCAGCGCUGGGUCCUCUGGAAAGAAGAAGCAACCGGCUGACAUCAGCAGGCCUGUUCCUGCCACACCUGACAGUAAGAAGGGGACAAAGAAGGAGCACCUAACUGAAGUGACAACGUCUCCUGCUGCUCCUGCUUCUGGGAAGAAGGGAAAGAAGGAUCAGCCUGCUGACACGACAACCCCUCCUGCUACUGGGAAGAAGGGAAAGAAUCAGCCAGCUGAAUCGACAACGCCUCCUGCUUCUGGGAAGAAGGGAAAGAAGAAUCAGCCUGCUGACACGACAAUGCCUCCUGCUUCUGGGAAGAAGGGAAAGAAGGAUCAGCCAGCUGAAUCGACAACGCCUCCUGCUGCUGGGAAGAAGGGAAAGAAGGAUCAGCCUGCUGACACGACAAUGCCUCCUGCUGCUGGGAAGAAGGGAAAGAAGAAUCAGCCAGCUGAAUCGACAACGCCUCCUGCUGCUGGGAAGAAGGGAAAGAAGGAUCAGCCUGUUGAAUCGACCACGCCUCCUGCUGCUGGGAAGAAGGGAAAGAAGGAUCAGCCUGUUGAAUCGACCACGCCUCCUGCUGCUGGGAAGAAGGGAAAGAAGGGAAAGGAGCCGCCUGCUGAUGGUAGCCCUAGCCCACCCGCCCCUCCCACUGGGAAAAAAGGGAAACAUAAGGAUCAACCUGCAGAAGUAGCGAGCCCACCUGCGCCCCCUGCACCGACCAAAAAGAAAGGAGGCGGAGAGAGCAGCACGGGCAGUGGUGCUGCCGAAACUCCAGGGAAGACCGGGUCAUCGGGCAAGAAGAAGAAAACGAUUCCACCGCCCCCUGCCCCUGAGGACAACACGAGCAGCGGCAGCAGCAGUGGGGAGGAGGAAUCAGGAUCAAGUGCGGAUGGCACAACAGAGCAGCCAACGAAGAAGAGAAAGGGGCUGUUUGGGAGGAGGAAGAAAGAUAAGAGUGGGAACGGGAACGAGGACAGCGAUAACGGAGACAGCAGUGGCGAUGGAGCUGAUGAGCCAAGUGCUUCCGAUGGGGCGAAUGGAGGGAAUGGGACGGCCCCAGAGAAGGAAGGGAGGGCGAAAAAAAUUUUCAAGAAGCUGUUCGGAUGA